AUGCGAAGCAACGAUUGCAUCUCAUCUAAAUACGGUCACGUGGGUUGUUGGGUGGAUGUGACGUCACACUUGAAUGGCCUAUGUGGAGGCAGGACGAGCUGUCAGGUUUUGGUCAUUAGUUUGUACCAGUUGCUCGUCGACUGUCCACGGGAUUUCAAGGCUUUCCUCGAUGCCACCUUCCAGUGUUUGCAGGUAAUCAGGCCAGUGAACAAUCAAUGCUCACACCUUCCAAACAACAACAUCGUCGACAACAACACUGAUAAAUAUUUGCUGCUAAGCAACAGCACGACUUCCGGUUACCUGUCUAAUUUGGUGUCACGUGACGCCAAUGCCAAAAAAAACUGUCAUUGGUUCAUUUGGCUUCAACAUGAUUACCAAAGAAUAAAUUUAACUUUUAUAAUUUUUAACAUAACAUCAAACAACAAGAACGACGACGAAGACAGUUUUUCUUCGAACAGCAACUUCAUGUACCACAGCCACAACAGCCCCACAACCAAAUCUCGCUAUAAAACUUACGUCAUAAAAAGUUUUAACAAUAAGAUCGAGGACAAUUUGAUUACAAACAACAACAACAACAACAUAAACAAUGACAUUAACAACGUCAUUUACAACUCUAACAGGAAUAGUCACAACAACCACAACAGCCACAGCUACAACAACCACAACGACGAUGAUGGUGCCGGCGAAAUUUCUUGCAUUCCCCUAGCAAGCCUCGCAGAAAUAAGAAUGGUGAUUGAGGGAAUGAAGGCGAGUGCAGUGAAAGAGAAAAUGAGAUAUGUGUGUGUGGAGGAGAGAUGGAGAGAUAAAGAGGAUGAAAAGAGGGAAGGUGGUGGCGGCUUCAAUUUCGUUAGCAGGUAUGGCAUUAGUGGUGUUGAAAUAAAAAUGUUUGACGACCACAAUAAAAACAUCAACGAUGUAAAAAGCGCUAACCACUAUGCCGACAUCAACAACAACAGCAACAACAUCAACAACAACAUCAACUUUUUACAACUGAAGAUGGCUUAUUACCUGAUCAAAAUAGAAGGUUCUUAUGGAAACUUUUUAGUUUGA